AUGAAUGUUAUUGCAAUUGGACCCUUAAUGCCAUCAGCUUUCUGUGAUGGAAGUGAUCUAACAGACAAAUCAUUUGGAGUCGAUUUAUUCAGUGUAUCUGAUGAUUAUUUUCAGUGGUUAGACUCGAAGCCUGAGCAUUCAGUGAUCUAUGUGUCAUUUGGCAACUUGGCGGUGGUAAAGAAAAAGCAAAAAGCAGAGAUAUUUCAUGCAUUAAUGGAGAGUGGGAGACCGUUUCUUUGGGUCCUUAGAUCAUCAAACAGUGAAGAAGAGGAAAUACAUAAAAUGAUGAAAAAUAGGUUGAAUGGUGAUAGGAUAAUAGUGCCCUAG